AUGGUCUCCUUCGCCGCGCCGACGAGCGCGAUGCUGCCACCACCCACACCGAUCCAGAAGCGCCCCACGAUAGGACUCAAGCGCAACAGCUCAUACCUCGACACCGACGACGAGGCUGGCCUCUCGACGACUACGAAGAAACUAAAGGUUGCCUUCGAUGACCAUGUCGACGUCCGGAUCAUGGACGACUGGAACGACAAGAGCUUCGAGCUGGUGAGAGAGGAAGUCCGAAUUGGCAUACAGCGUCAUCUCGCCCCGAACGAACAACGAGACGACGCGCAAUACGUCAAGAUCCUGCAGCUGCUCGGACAAGAUGCCUUCUCCAGUGAAGCACCAAGCACCAAGCUGCUGACCAAGUAUGUGCUCGCCAUUGGUGCCAACAUCAAACACUUGGGCGAGUGCGGGAAGCUGGUCCUCGCAGUGCUCGACCUCUCUUGGGUCGGCCGCGACAUGGAGUUCGUAAAGGCUUACACCAAAUUCCUCCUUACACUGGCGACUGCGCACGGAAAGUACAUGACACCAAUCAUGGAACGCCUUGUCUCCCACUUCGAACGUCUCCCGGCUUCGACCGGCAGGUUGCCAGAAGAAGCAAUUGUCUCCCGGACCACCAUGUUCGACAGGCUACACACCGUCAUCCAGACCAUGCUCGGCUAUCUACCGUCUGCCGGGAAUGCUCUCCUCCGCGUGCUCACGCAACAGUUCCCGAAUGAUUUGGCCACAGCGAAAGGAUAUUUGCAAUAUCAGAGGAACGCGCUGCGCGUCGCGGAUGUAGCACCAGAGCUCAAAGCAGAGAUUCUGUCUCUGAUAAUGCAGCGCUUGGUCGACAUUGACGUUCAGAUCCAAGAAGAUCUCGAGGAGCUGGAUAUCGAUGACGAAGAUACGCUGCUGCAGCGGCCGCAGCGGAAACACGAUGAGGCGGAGCCGGAAGAGUCUGAUGAUAGUGACAUCGAGUCUAUCUCCGAGUCCGAGUUGACCACGACGGAAGAGGAAGAGAAGAUGCGCGAGCUUCGACUCAAGGUGAGGAAGAUGGACCACACUCAGGACCUUCUCUUCGAGUACUACGAGCCCUACUUCAAGGCGGACGUAUCGCCAAAAGACAACGAGGCAUACCAGGACCUACUCUCGCAAUUCACCAACCGUAUCAUGCCGAGCCGUACGCGACAUGCGCAGUUCCUGCUAUUCCACUUCACCCAGAUAUCCCCCAGCUAUGCGGAAGAUUUUGUGCAGUCGUGUCUGCGCAUUUCCCUGGACCGCAACUCCGCGCAGAGUGAUAGGCUCACCGCCUGCGCGUACGUCGCCAGCUUCACUGCAAGAGCAUCGCAUGUUCCCGCGGACACCGUCAGAAUCGUGUUUCACGUAUUGAGUCAGUUCUUGGAACGGAUGCGGCACAGCUACGAGCCCAACUGCCAAGGACCAAGCAGAAAGAAGUACAGCCAAUACUAUGCUGUUGUUCAGGCACUUCUGUACAUCUUCUGCUUCCGAUGGCGGGACCUUGCCGUUGGAUCUCUCACGCCGGAGUCGGAAUCCGAAAACAUGCUGGAAGAGGACGUGCUGGACGAGGGUCGCGACUUGGCUUGGCUUCCUGGCAUCAAGGAGAUUCUGAAUGCGAAUAUCCAGUCGAAGCUGAAUCCUCUCAAAGUCUGCUCAGCCGCGAUUGUCGCCGAGUUUGCUAAGAUUGCCAAUCACCUUCGCUUCCUCUACGUCUUCUCCAUUCUGGAGCGAAACAAGCGCAUUCGCCUUGGACAGAUCUCGACUUCGUACGGCCGCGCUCGAAUGAACGAUGUCGCUCGACGUGAGACAGCAUGGGACCAGAAGACCGGAGAGGCGCAUCACCAGCUGGAGGCAUACUUUCCAUUCGAUCCGUAUCAUCUACCGCAGAGUAAGAGAUGGCUGGAGGGCGAAUACAUUGAAUGGAAACUACCUCGAGGCAUGAAGCUGGAUGAUGAGGAUGAAGAGGAGGAGGAGGAGGAGGGGGAGGAGGAAGAAGAGGACGCUAGCGAGUCUGAAGGCGAGUAUGAGAGCGAUGACGAGUCGAUUCUCGAGGACUUGACCGGGCAGCCAGCACCGGAUGUAAUUUCAGUCAGCAGCUGA